AUGUCUGUAAUAAACUCUUUGAACUCCUAUGGAUUAACUCCAGCCAAGUUUUUUGAGCGACUCCUUACGAUACGUGAGACAAGCCCCGCCGUUACAGCCAGAAGGGAGUUUCUCGCAGCCCUUCCUCAACUGCUGCAGCACGUAAAAACAAACCCAGCCUUGGAAGAAUGGGCAUUCGAAAUCGUUCAAGAGAAAUUUCGUCGAGAGAUGUUAGCCCUUCGAGAGAAAAGUGCAGGGUUGCAUGGGCUGCCAAAGCACACGAAAGCCAAAGACCUACGCUCUUUCGAUCCAUCUACGAUCGUUUUCAAAGCACGAAGUCGAGCACCAUGGCUCGUCAAUCUGAUUUCAACUCUAUUACGCGUCACAGAGGGAAGAAAGCAGAGGAGUUUGACGAUGGAGCGACUUGCUGCUAUCAUUGGUAUCAUGGUGUAUACAUCGAACUGUCGUGCAAAUGCCUUCCAGACUUCAAUAGGAGUCUUUAUGCAUGCCUGUCAAGUGCCGGUCCGUGUCCUCGGACUUCUUCACCGUCUUGGAAUCAUUAUUUCGGAGCGUAGUAUUGCUCGCUCAUUAAAUUCUGCUGGGAAGGACAUAGCGCAAGAGCUCAAGGUCAUAUGCAGCAGCACUCCCAUGGCCGUCGCGUUCGAUAACUUCAACCUCAACUACAAUGUUCGAGAACCCACACUCAUCUCCAGCUCUACGUUCUCAAAUCUCUCCAGUGCCAUUGUCUUGGAGCUAUAUGGCUAUACAGAAGAAGCCGUCACCAAGCGCCAACAACUCUAUGAUAUGAGGCAAAGUUCUCAAUGGAAAAUGCCCACCUACUGGUCGCUCUUCAAAGCCCCAUCACUGUUUGAUGAUGAGUUAAGCAGGGGAGGUCGAGUUUUUCGUGCCCUUCAAUGGCAUAUCACUAGAAUUUUGGCCGAAGGCAUUCACGAGUUCAAAUAUCUCGCUGACCAGCUUGGAGACUCACCCGGAAAAGUCUUCCAAAUCCCACUUCAUACAACCCGAUAUUGGUCGAUCCGUGCGAUGCCAUUUGACGAGUCAAAGACUGAAGGGGUUGCCUGUGUGUUGGAUGAAGUCGAUCGCCAACGCGGGUUCGAUCAUAAGAACGACAGGAUACAACUCUACCACGGAGAUCUCGCAACUCUGGAGAGAAUGGCCGGUUUGCGGCAAGCUCGAGCCCAGGAGGAGCAAGAUCUUCGAACCAAAUGCCACUUUACGGAGGACAUACCCAGGGCCUUUCAUAUGAAGAUGGCAGCAGCUGACUCUAUCCACCGCAUUCAUCUGGAUGCCAAGGGCUCCCAUUUGGCUACUGGCGGGGCUUAUGAAUGGGCACGGAUUCUCCGUGAUCAUGACUAUGGCAGGGUUGUGAACACGAUAUGGGCCGAAACAAAGCCGACAUAUGACAAAGUUCGGGAGUUCUCUGAGCGCAUCUCCCAUAAAUAUGUCUUCAUGGGCAAGAAGAAGGCGACUGAGGAUGCAAUAUUCGAUAAUCAAUGUAUACUACUUCGAGACCUCCUGUUCUACACAGAAUUGUGCCAUUCCAUGAAUACCGGUGACGUUGGACGUUUAGAAGAUAUACUCCCAACAUGGAUCUUCAUCUGGAAGGGCACACGGAAGCACAAAUAUGCCACAUACUUGCACCGUUUCCUCUACGACCUCGAGUAUAACUACCCACCGGACCUUGCCCAAUUAAUCCGUCUCAACUGGCUAGUCAACCCAACAGGUAAACCCUUUGCCUUCCGUGGGGUGGACUGGGUUGUCGAACUCAUUAACCUCUACAUCAAAGUUGUAUUUGGCUCUGACUCAAGCACAAAGAGCGUCGAGACAAUCCUUCAAGGGUCUCAAUUCAUCGACUUGUACAAAGAUAUAUUUGCUAUGUUCGACAACAAGUUCUGGACUAUGCAUCGCACCUAUCACCACUCACCACCGAAUAUUGGAUCCCUCCUUCAAAAGUUGCAGGGUGUCAUGCGUGACAAAGAGGUACAUAUCGAGAAAGCUCGUCAAGGUGAUUUUCGAGUGAUUGAUGCGGUUUGGGUUGGAUUGGAAAAGCUGAAAAGGAUGACCAAUGAUGCCAGCGGUGGCGUUCAAGAAGAGGUGGUCGAUACAAGAAGAGUAGCAGAUGAGGAAAACAAUGAAGGUAAUGAUACAGUGGUAGAGGGUAGCAUGGAGAGGGACUUGGUUGAGGUGUAUGCAACUUUGAGUGUCGACCUUUAUUAG